AUCAAGUUAAACUCACUCUUUUGUUGUUUUUGUCUUCUCUUUCACAGUUUGAUCUUAAAUUCAAAUUUCAAAACUUGAGAAACAGAAACAGAAACAGAAACAUGGGUUGCGUGUCUUCACAUCUGUUGAACCACGAAGACGAAUUCGGCACCUCCGCACUCGGUGUCGGCCACCACAUCGUCUCUUUAACUUCCACCACUUACGGCCUUCUCAACACCCUUGAUCCACCCACAACCACCACUCCUCCUCCUCCACCGCCUGAAAUCAUUAACUCUUGGGAACUCAUGGAAGGCCUAGACACCGAAAGCUUCCGCUUCUCACCCCUAACUCCACCAUCAUCAAAACCCUCUCACAAAGAAAACACCAAUCCAAACCUAAACCUAAACCUAAACCUAAACCCUGCUUUGAAAAAACCUGGUUGGACGCUUUCGGAUCGGUUUGAGAGGAUAUGUCCACCAAACGGAGAGAAGAAAGUGGUGAUCUAUACAACAACGUUGAGAGGUGUUCGGAGGACAUUUGAGGCUUGCAAUGCGGUGAGAGCAGCUUUUGAUGCAUUUGGUGUACAAAUAUGCGAGCGUGACGUUUCGAUGGAUAGUGGGUUUAAAGAGGAACUGAGGGAGCUUCUGAAAGAGAAGAUGGUGGUUCCGCCGAGAGUGUUUGUGAAGGGAUAUUAUAUCGGUGGUGCUGAAGAGAUGUUGAAGGUUGUGGAAGAGGGUUUGUUGGGAGAGGUUAUUCAGGGUUUGCCAAGAAAAGCUGUUGGUGGAGGAGGUGUAUGUGAGGGUUGUGGUGAUAUGAGAUUCUUGCCUUGUUUUCGAUGUAACGGAAGCUGUAAGAUGGUGAAUAAACAGAAACAGGGGAACACUGUUGUUGUUAAGUGUGGUGAUUGUAAUGAAAAUGGGUUAGUUCAGUGCCCAAUUUGUAGUUAGUUAUCUUUUAUUUUAUUAUUAUGUUACUCACUUGCACUUGUAGUAACUGUUCUGUUCUGUAUCUCUAAUCAUCGUGAAUUCUCUCAAUUCACCAGUUCUUUCUUUAAUUUGAAUGUAGAAUUGUCACAUUUCCUUGCAACUAUGAAUAACAACUAUAAGCCUUAAUUGUGCACCAAA